AUGGAGUCAGAACUCCUUCAGACUUUGAAGAACAGUGGCAUUCUGAGCAGUUAUCAGUUCCUAAAAUUAUCUGUGGCUGAGACAAAGAAUAAUAAACUUCAUUGCUCAGAAAGUGUCGGAGGAUCUCUACAGAAUUGGCUAAUUCUGGUGGUGUCAGAUGGACAUGUAGGACCAGCACUGGCAGUUUUACCCUACCUUAAGGAGAACAUGGAUGUUACCAUUAAACUGCAGGGUGAUCCCAGCUACCUACCUGAUCUACCUAAACUGCUGAAGUGUGUGGCCUCACAUAUCCACUUGUUCCCAGAAGUGAAGCCAGAGCAUUUGCAACGCCUCCCUUCACUUGAGGGCUCCAGUGGUAUCACACUUUACAUAUAUGAUGUCAGUGACGCAGAAAUCAAGUGGGCCAAUGAAGUGGUUCGAGUGUUGUGUCCUGAUCAAGGAGAGUACGACAGCUUGGUUUUCCCAAGGAGUCAGCUGACUUCUGAUGGUUGUAGAGCUCUGGUGGUAGCAUUAGCAGACCAUGGAACACCUCCAGGCCGUAUUACACUGAGCAGCACCCUGGAAGUCUUUUCCAAGAACAUCAUCAGUGAUGACAUCCCUCCUCUGACCUUGACCACCAGGAAGACCCUCAGGUGUAAAUUCAUAAUGUUGUCAUGAUAAAAGAUUGGAGAAAUGUUGAAGAUGAUGUAACUGAUGCACCAGAUGUUGCAGAUUUACAGAACUGGAACUACGUUACCACCACUGUAUUUAGUGACCUGAAGAAGGACUAACAACCUCUGUGCCCUAUUGACAGCAGGAAGGAUACAAAAAAUUAUUUUUGUGCAGCUUACAGUGUUUCAAUGUUCUUAUUUUUUAUGUUUCAGCAGUUUUAACCCCUUGAGGGUCCGUGCCAUUGUUCUAUGGCUUUGAAGCCAGGGUCAGUGCCCUAGUAGUACUAUGUCAUGAGCUCAGCUCACUCAAAUAAGCUGUGAGCGGUAAAUUUGGGCCUAGAUAUGAGAGAAUGGGUCUAUGUGGUAAGUGUGCACCAUAUAAAAAAAAAUCCUGCAGCACACAGUGCAUAAUGAGAAAAAAACUGUGACCAAAAUCAAAUCAAAUAGAAAUCAAAAGUUCAUUUCUUUGCAAAGGUUACAAUGUGUGUUUACAUUUCAGAAUUUGAUUGGUACAAAGAAAGCCACUAUCAUGCUGAGGCAUUUUGGGCGGACUUAACGGACUAAUUAAGUCUAGACACACGUCAAAUAUUCAAAAUUUUACUCAGUUA